GACAUUUUGUAGAGUUUUAACCUCAAACACAUUUACGAGGUAUUAUUUUCUUUUUGCCACGGAAUAUUUGUGCAAAUUUCUUUAAUAAUUUUGUAUUUAUUGUUUGGAUUUAUUUAUAAACACGAUAUAAAAUGAGUAGAAAUUAUCAGGAAGACCAGAACAAUGAAAUUGAGGCCUUGGACUCUAUUUACUGUGGCGAUAUGGAGAUUUUGGAAACGGAGCCUUUUCAUAAAUUCCAAAUACCGAUAGCCACCGAAGAGUAUGAUAAAGAGCAAGGUGAAAAUGGUUUGGCUUGUUUUUUGGUCUUCACAUACACACCCACUUAUCCCGAUGAGGCACCUUUAGUGGAAAUCGAUGAGCCUGUCAACUUUGAGGAAGGCUAUGAAAAAAGACUAUUGGAACAUAUAGCAAAAUCUAUAGAGGAAUAUAUUGGCAUGGAAAUGAUAUUCAGUUUAGUGAGUACUGCACAAGAAUGGUUAAAUGAGAGAUGGGAUGAAUUCAAAAAAGCCAAAGAAGAGGAGGCCGAACGUAAACUACUAGAAUCUGAGGAAGCCGAACGAAAGAAAUUUGAGGGCACACGUGUCACAGUGGAAUCAUUUAUGAAAUGGAAAUUAGAAUUUGAGGAAAGCACCGGUAUAGCUGCCAAAAGAGAAAAAUCUUCCGAUUGCAAGAAAUUGACGGGUCGUGAACUGUUCAUGCGUGAUACCACCCUUAAUGAGUCUGAUAUUAAAUACUUGCUGGAAGCUGGUGAUAGUAUUGAAAAUGUUAAAAUCGAUGAAACCUUGUUCCAAGGAAUUGGUGAACUUGAUUUGGAUGAAGAUGACGAUGAGGAUGAUGAGGACUGGGUGCCUGGUGAUGAUGAUUAAACAUUAAAUUAAAUACUCUUUAAUAUAUGUUGAAUUUUUAAGCAUA